CUAAAAGCGGCCCACGUCCCGUUCCAGGGCACCACGUACGGGUUUUGGAUCUUCAAUUCAAACAUUAUAUGUGACAUCAACUUAUUGACCUUUUUUCCCCAAAAGUCAUCAUUUUUAACUGUUCUUUAGGUUCUCUGGUUUUUUACCUAUUGAACGAAAGAAAGAGACAACAUACACAAUGGCGGACGCUCAGCUUAAUGAUUUCCCUUCCCUCUUCUCUGUCAAGGGCAAGGUUGCUGUCGUGACGGGCGGUUCGAGAGGAUUGGGUCUGAGUGCUGCUUCUGCCCUUCUCCAAGCCGGCGCCUCCAAAGUCUUCAUCUCCUCUCGCAAAGCCUCCGCCUGCGACAGCGCCGUCAAGACCCUCAACGCCCUCCCCGGUCUCGCCCCGGGCGCCAAGGCCAUCUCCAUCCCCGCCGACGCCGCCACCUUAUCAGGUGUUCAGCACCUCGUCUCCGAAGUCGCCAAGCAUACCGACCACGUCGACAUUCUGCUAGCCAACGCUGGCGCCACCUGGGGCGCGCCCUUUGACGAGCAUCCCGAUUCGGCCUUUGCCAAGGUCAUGGACCUGAACGUCCGGGGCGUGUUCAACACUAUCCGGGAGUUUGCGCCCCUUUUGCAGAAGAAGGCGAGCGUGGAGGACCCGAGCCGCGUGAUCAUCACGGCUUCGGUGGCGGGGUUGGGUAUCGGGACGAUUGGUAAGCAAGGGACGUAUGGGUAUAGUGCUUCCAAGGCGGCGGUCAUUCAUUUGGGGAGGAAUCUGGCGGUGGAGCUGGGACCGAGGGGCAUUACUGUGAACAGCAUUUGCCCGGGUUUCUUUCCGACCAAGAUGAGCAAUGGGCUGUUGGAUAUGAGCGGCGGGAAGGAGAGCAUCGCGGCGGCGAACCCGAUGAAGAGGCUUGGUCGGCCGGAGGAUAUUGCGGGCGUGGUGGUGUAUUUGGCGAGUAGGGCGGGUGCGCACGUGAAUGGGGCGACGAUUGCGAUUGAUGGUGGUGCGAUGUGGGCGAAGGGGCAGUUGAAUGUGGAGAGCGCAAAGUUGUGAGUUUGGUGCAUUGGAGCUUUGUUGUAGAGAAAGGGAUUUCAUGUAGAAAGAUUCGAGAGGUAGAUAUGCUGUGUGGGUAUAUGUUGUAACACUCCUCUUUCGUCCUU